AUAAACUUAUUAAAUAGUAGACUAAUGAAUGAUUCUGAUGCUAAUACUACCACAGCAUGUGCAAUCAAUGAUGUUGUUGAAGAAAUAAUUAAUAGUUUUAAGGCUCUGAAGCCGCCUUUUAUCUGUCCGAUAGAUAAUUGUUCUAAGCCAUGUCUGGGGUUGAUGAGUCUAAAGCAUCACUUAUUGAAAAUUCACAGGGAACGGCUUUCACAAGAGAAGCAAAGCGAUGACGACGCACAGGUUUCAGACGAAGGGCAGGAGAAGAAUGCUGCUGCUGCUGCAACAUCCGCAAAGAUAAUUUUCAAGAAAAGAAAAAAGAAAAGAGGGAAGCUGCGUUUUGUAAAUGGCCGUAAAAGCAACUCAAAUGCGUUGAACAAGUCGCAGAAUGUGACGGAAGACGAGUGGGAAGAGGUGCAUGCAAAUGGGGGGCAACAUAAUUCACUAUCGCCAGCUUCAGCUGCUCAUUAUAACAUGACAUACGAAGAGUCGCUGCGAGUUGCCAUGUUCCACGUAGACAAUAGGGCAUACCGAGUUGAUAUUGAUGAACCACUAAAGUUGAGUUUUGUCGACAAGCCGAAACCGUCAGCGGAGGCAGAGCAGCCUCUCAACGUAACUCUUUCAACUGAAAAUGCAUCGGCAACAAAAAGUAAAAACAGUGGUAAAAACUCGAAAUCCAAAAAAUCGGGUGCAAAAACUGGGUUGGCGAAGAAAGACAUGAAGAAAUUACCCGAAGCAGAAGUGAAGUGGUUUGACAAUCCAGCGCAAAUAUUUUCAAAGCCGCACGUAGUUCCAAAAGAGUACAGAAAGUUUGAGGAGAAGACGGCUGAGGAGCUGGACAAGGAAGUCGAAUAUGUCAUGGAUGACUUAGAUUACGCAUGGCUCAAAAUAUACAACAGAGAGUACAGGGUCCCCAAGUGGCUUCCUGAAGUAUCCCAAAAAGACUUCGAGCUCCUCAUGGACCGACUGGAGAAGGAUUCGACCUAUGACCCGAGUGUUCUGGGUCCGAGUGCCGGGUCCAAAGUGUCAGGAGUGGAUGACCAGGAAGACGAUGCUGUCUGUUCUAUCUGCCAGGACGGGGAGGCGAAUAACACGAAUGUAAUUCUAUUCUGCGAUAUGUGCAAUCUACCAGUUCACCAGGAGUGCUAUGGUGUGCCGUAUAUUCCCGAAGGCCAAUGGGUUUGUCGGAAAUGUCUCCUCUCACCCGCCCAGCCAGUAUCGUGUCAACUCUGUCCUAUUAAAACGGGCGCCUUCAAACAGGCCUCAAAAAACAAAUGGUGUCACGUCUCAUGUGCAAUAUGGAUCCCGGAAGUCCAGUUCGCAAAUGCUGUUUUUCUGGAACCAAUUGAAAAUUUAGAAAACAUUCCAGCUGCUAGAUUUAAACUAUGCUGCUAUAUAUGCAAGAAAAGAAACGCCGGAGCGUGCGUGCAAUGUAGUAAAACAAAUUGUUUCACAGCGUUCCACAUAGCAUGCGGACAAUCGGCGGGUCUGCAUAUUAAAUUAGAACCAAUCAACAGUUCGGAGCAUAGUCCGACGCUGUUUAACGUGAAGAAGGUGGCAUAUUGCGACCAACAUACUCCUGAAGACAGUGAUAGGAAACCAUUGAUCAAUUCGUCGGCGCCUGAAGAUGCGAAGAAAUUAAAACAAAUUUUUGCCCAGAAUAAAUCCCAGUCAGCGUCGCAAGUGCAAGUGGCUCUUCCGGAAAUCACUCCCGAGAAGUACGAGCAGAUAGUGCAGCGGGUCAACUUUCCUCACAAAGUGCAAUUUCUCACGAGACUGACCAGCUAUUGGCUGUUGCGGAGACAGGCGUUGAAUGGAGUGCCACUCAUUAAGAGACUUCAUAUGACUCAUCUGCAGAAACAACAGCAGAGUGCUCAGAUAGCACUGGAGAAGUGCGAAAAUGAUAAUGAAGAGAUCGCGGACAUCAAGCGUACCCUGUGCAAUCUGAGGGACAUUCGGAAGAUGUGUGAGAAGAGUAGACUGUUGGGGGAACAGGUGAAGAAGCGGGAGAAGCUGAAGAGGGAGUGGCAUCUGACCUGUGAGAGAGAGUUCACUCUCUGCACCACCUCACUGUACAUCAUACUCAACCAGGUUAUGGAUCAGCUGAGGGAACUGGACAACCAAAAGUUUUUCUCAGAGCCAGUCAACACUGCUAUGGUACAGGACUACAAAGUGGUGAUUGAUGAGCCAAUGGAUCUAGGCACCAUGCAGAAGAAAGUAGACAGUAUGUCCUACUGCACCAUAGGCGAAUUUUCCAGGGACUUCUCUCUUGUGGUGUAUAACUGUAUGAGAUACAACAACACUGAGACGCCAUAUUUCAAGGCCGCGCUAAAGCUCAGGGAUAUGGGUGGAAAAAUCAUCAGACAUACAUAUAGAUUCGUGAACAAGAUUGGUGUGGAUCCUUCGACUGGCCUUUUAACGUCCAAGCCACCCCCUAUCAACCAUUACAAUAAAGUCAAUUUAGAACGCGCCCUGGCCUACGAUCCACCUCCUGAAAAGUUCAGUGACCAUGUUGAUUAUCUGUCCCACUUUCUGGACUGUGGGGUGAGUGGGGAGAGCAGACUGCCGGAGGAGCACGUGAAUCUGUUGCGACAGGUGGUGGAGGAGCUGAACAAAGGCAUGUUGGAGUGGAUGGACAAAGAUGUGCAGCAGAGGCUCAAGAAACACUACGGCGGGAGCAUACACGACUACAACGCAAACUCCAAUAAAGCCAAAGGUGGAUCUAAAAAACGCAAAGUGGAGAGAAAUGAGUCCCCACCACCUCCGCCCAUGCCAACCUCAGCAUCCCCACAGAGAAUGUCUCGCAGAUCAGAAUCGAGUAGCGACGUGUCUGCGGGAAAGGCAGAGUCUCUUCCGAGCCGGCGAAGCAGUGUUGCAAGCAGAACUGAGAGUCCCUUGGCCAUGCCCAAGAUGCUCAAAGGAAAGACGAUAGAAGACACGAAAUCAUCAGAUCAAUCAGUCAAUUCCACGAAAGGUCAAAAAUCAUCCGGCAACCGAAAGUCGAGCAAAAAGAACAAAACUGAAGACAACACUUCUAAUAUGAAGGAGGAGAAUGUGGACAGUAAUGUAGAUGAAAGGAGUUGUGACGAGAGGGAGAGCAGGAUUACUGACUACUCCUCCACUGAUGACGACGACUGUCUCUUCCAACAUAUGGACUUCGUCUGGGCCAAAUGCAGAGGCUUUCCUUCAUAUCCCGCAAUCGUAAUUGCCCCCGAGACAGUAGAAGGCACGAAGUACAACGGGAUCCCAAUCCCAGUACCCCCUGAUAAAGUACUGGACCAGUACGAGCAACAGCUGAAGAUACACAACAACAUAGCCCAGUCCUCCCCCUCAGUAACUGGCAGUCAGGGAGGCAGAGGAACAGAUGAGGGCGCGAGGGGGGCUGCUGGUUGUAAACUGAUGCUGGUCGCCUUCUACGAAACACCAACUACGUGGCAGUGGGUGAGUGACUCGCAGCUAGAACCUCUGUUCACAGACGAGACUCUAGAUGAGGCAAAAUUGGAGGAGCCCCGCAAGUCAGUGGACAAACUGAAGGUCAGAGUCGCCUACUCCAAGGCGCGAUGGGCCUACGAGAUGUUCAGUGGACAACGGGAUCCAACCUCACAAUACGACAUGUGAACACAAACUCUAUUGUCUGUGAAAACUUUUCAUCUAAGUGAAUGGCUGGAUGGAAGAAAAACUGAACAAAACAAAGUUUGAUGUGAUUAAUUUUGACCUUUUAAGCAGUUAUGUGAUUUUAGACGAAUUGUGGCGAGGAGUAAAAGGGACAGUUUGAAUAUAUAUUUCGGCAACGAGCAUCGAUUGUUGAAAUCAUACUUUUUUCAAAACUGGAAUUUGGUUUCAUUGUGAAACAAUAUGCUCAAAUCUAUUACGUUAAUUUGUAGAAAUAGAUCUAGAAAAAAGAUCUAGUUUUAGUAUGGUGUAGUUGCAUUUGAUUUUUUGAGUGACUAGUUAUAAGUAUCAUCUACAAAGGUUGUUGUUGUAAAAUUGAAAGUGUCUCUUGUUCUGUAGUUAAACGGUGUACUUUUUGCACUGGUCUGUGAUAGCCACUUGUGUUAGAUCUAAACCCUAGUUUAUCACUUUUGAUGUUUUAAAUAAGUUGUAUCAUACAUUAUCUUAAUCUUUUUCUUGUAACUAAUUCUGUCAAUCCUAAUCUUAAUUAAUUUAAC